AGUUCUUCUCUUCCCUUUUCGUCAUUUCAAAGAGACAAAAUUUUCACAAUUUAAUUAAAAUUAAAUAAAAAAUUCAUACAAAUUCCUCAAUAUGUUUAACGGGUUUUGUAGUGCUCUUAGAACAACAAUUCUGAAUGUGCUUUUGCCUCGGCGCAAUGCAUUCCUGUACAUGAUACGUCGCAAUAGGAACUUUGCCAAUCGUGAUUCCCCUUUGAGAAAGAUUUUGACAGCUUGUCCACCUUCGACUCUCCUCGCCAGGAAUUGCACGCAUUUGUUAGUGCCACUCGCAUUCGUUAAUAAGAAUUUUUCAUCGCUCACGCUACAACUGCGAAACCUACAUAAUGACAUGAAGGUACCGGAUUUUUCAGACUAUCGUCGGCAAACGGAAAACCCGGAUGACCCAAAAGAUAAUUGUGCUGAACAGCGAAAAACCUUUUCAUAUGCCAUCGUUGCGGCCGGCGCCAUCGGCAGUUGCUAUGCUGCCAAAGGUUUAGUACACGCCUUCGUCAGCUCAAUGAGCGCAACCGCCGAUGUAUUGGCUAUGGCCAAGAUUGAGAUCAAAUUGAAAGACAUACCCGAGGGCAAGUCAGUGACAUUCAAAUGGCGUGGUAAACCGUUAUUCAUACGACAUCGCACGGAAGCUGAAAUCGAAGGUGUGCGUUCAGUAAAUAUAUCGACUUUACGCGACCCAGAAUCGGAUGAUAAACGUGUCAAGGAUCCGCGUUGGCUGGUGGUAAUCGGUGUCUGCACACAUUUGGGUUGUGUGCCAAUUGCCAAUGCUGGCGAUUUCGGCGGUUACUACUGCCCAUGUCAUGGCUCGCAUUUCGAUGCGUCGGGUCGUGUACGUAAAGGACCUGCCCCGCUCAAUUUGGCAGUACCUAAUUAUGAAUUUUCCGAUGAAGAAACAUUGCUGGUAGGUUGAUGCGUAAAAACGCGGCAUAUGGGGAAAAUCAGAGAUAGAAUUGAAAACGCAACAUAUCAAUGAAACUAAAAUAGAUACAUAUAAUUAUAUGAAAUUGAAUACCCAAUAAAAUGGUAGAGAA